AUGCCGCGGGGUCUUGUAAAUCUUCCAUUAUUUGCGAAAUUAUCAGAAUGCGUUUGUCGAGUUCUUGGUACAAAUCCUAGCGCGUUCACUUUACAAGGAACAAACACUUAUUUAAUUGGCACAGGCUCGCAAAAAAUCCUUCUCGACACCGGAGAAGGUAAACCGGAGUACAUUCGCCUAUUAGCCGAAUCCUUAAAAACACUCGGUGACAACGUUCACAUCACCGACAUCCUUAUUUCACACUGGCAUCUAGACCAUGUUGGGGGUGUAGACGAUAUUCUCGAAUACUAUGCUCAAAACAAUUUAACCCUCCCAAGGGUUCACAAAAGACUUGAAGCUAGACAUGAUAACCCUCAUCAUCAGACUAUUUUCAAUCAGAUCGAAGAUAACCAAAUAUUCCGCACAGAAGGCGCAACAAUUCAAGCCAUUUACACGCCAGGGCAUUGCGAAGAUCAUCUUGCUUUCUAUCUGAAGGAAGAAAAUGCAUUGUUCACGGGUGAUUCGCUGUUAGGUCAAGGUACAACAGUAUUUGAAAAUCUAGGAAAGUACAUUGAUUCUUUAAAGAGAAUGCAAAGAUUACUUCCAGGUAGGUUGUAUCCUGGUCACGGCCCUGUGGUUGAGGAUGGAAAAGCAAAGAUAAGAGAGUACCUUGAUCAUAGAAUGGCGC